CGUUUGCAAUCGGUGUGAAUCGGUGAUAGUCGCAGACGGUCGGAGAGUAAGAUAAAACACGUGCAAAGUAGUGAGAAGUUUUAUUGCAGGUUGGAACCUUGGAACGUUUAUAAAAAUUUGUAAUCACAACAAAUAGUAUAUAUUGUGAUCUCUAUCGUAAUAUAUUAUUUUUACCAAUGAUAGUAAAAAAGGCGAGGGACAAGAUAACUAGGCCUUUACAGAAACCUGACAAAAAACAAAAAGCUUGCCUUUACAAUAAAACAAUGUUCACACAUCGUGGUUGUAAGAACCCUCAUAGGGAUACUACUACAAAUUUGGUAGAUGAUGCUAGUGGUAGGCAAAAUAUUCCUUCAGCUGGCAGAUCAAGUCGUCCUCUUGGAGACAGAAGAGGAAAGAUCAAGUUUAAACGUAAGAAACAGCGUUUUGACAAUGAAGGUUUUGUGAAUAAUCCUUUAAAACUGUGUGAUUUUGAGCAGCAGGCAAAUGAAAAAAUCAACCAAUCUAAUUGGCAAUUGUCUAAAUUUAAGGAAAAGAUGGAUACAAAUGACGUUUCGGCUCAAAUCUCUCCCAGAAAAGAAAGAAAUUUAGGUUCACCAUUGGUGAUUGACAUGCUCUCAGACGGUGUCACUUCAAUAAAUCUACCACCAAUAUUUCAACAGGCACAAAAGACAGGAUUAAACAAGGGAACAUCUUACAGUGAUGUCUUUAACGUUAAUGAAUUUUUGAGGGAAGGUACGAGUAUGACAGUUGCAGAUUCCAUAAAUUCUCAAUGCAGCGCCGAUAUGCAAAUUAGACAUCCAGAGCAGGCGGCACCUGUGCCAUCGAAUGCAAAUCAUAAUGAUGAAAUUGAAGACGUUAGUGAUAAUAGAUUAAGAGACAUCAAAGCCGAUAAUAUAAGCAGUCCUGUCAGAAGUCCUAUGUGCAAAGAAUUUGUCAAAAAUAGAAGUCCUAGAUUAAUGGAUCUUGAUAGCAGUACGAAGAUAUGCGGUAAUCCUAGGCACAAAAAUCGCGUCAAUUUGCUCCAGCAACCUAGUAGUAAUCAGAAGUCGCCAAAGGUUUACAGCAUAAGAAACAUAGUCAUCGUCAAAAUGGAAAGUCGCAGUAGAUUCUGCUUUACUGGCAAGCUGUUGAUAAGAGUGUUAUAUGGCGCUGUGAAAAUUUACGGUUCUAUACUAAACAAAUCGAGCGGUACCACAGAGGUAUACUCUCCACGUGGAUAUAGUAAUGUCGCCAUAGAGACUAGUGAGGAAUUCCCAGAGGAUAGUAUCGAUGAUGUGUGGACGGCGCUCGCCUCGGAGGGCAUCACUCGAGACUCGGAGAGCGAGCUGCAAAUUGAUAUUGAUAACGUUUGUCCAGGAACCGCCGUUCUCGUGCUACAGAAUUUCGAGAACACUCUGACGCUUUUUCUGAAGACAUUUUUCCCAUACUUCCAAUUGUUUCCGAACGUGAAAAAUUCGCACUACAUCUCAUGGACGGAUCCCAAGCGAGCCCAGAUAUUACUGCAAGCGCAUCUACUUCUCGGGCAAUACGACGAUUUUAACUACAGACGAAUGAUUAUCGAUCCCUGCAUCACUAAGGAUAUCACGGAAGAGAUGCUAAAUCGCUGGCGUGCGAACGAAUGGUCCUGCACACUGAUCGCCGGUGGUCAGAAUGUUGGCAAGUCCACCAGCGUGCGAUGUCUGAUCAAUAGCCUAUUGCGUGAGUCGGAAAAAGUGGUUUUGGUGGACGUGGAUCCCGGACAGACGGAAUGCACGCCGCCUGGCUGCAUCUCGUACAGCUUAAUCGAGGAACCGUUAAUGGGACCAAAUUUCACGCAUCUGAAGACGCCGGUUUACCAGCUGUUCAUUGAUGAAAUAAACGUUAGCCAAUGCAUCACGCGCUACCUGGAAGGCAUCAAGAUGUUGAUCGAGAGAUUAAAGAAAUGUCCCGUCCUGUCUCGUUUUCCUAUUGUAGUGAACACAAUGGGCUUCACAAAGAAUCUCGGUUGGAACAUCAUGAUCCUUACGAUAAAGCUAAUCAGACCAUCCAUUAUUCUGCAAAUUAUGUCGUCGAAAAAGAAGAACAAUUACGACGACUUUCUCAGCGCGAAAGUUGUAAAUAAACAGGAAUGUUCAUUUACGUUCUGCGACGAAAGAUUCAUCGAUUGGAAUAGGUCGUGUGAGCACGAUUUGCGCAUAAUACACUCACAGGCAGAGACCGUCACAAACAAAUGGAACAUGGAGCCGUAUCAGCAACGUGAGCUUAUGAUGAUUUCUUAUUUCAGCGGUCUAGUUUGUGAUAAAAAUGAUUCCUUUCAUUUUCAGAACAAUGCGAGAUCUUCACUUAAUAUUAACAAAGCAGUGCCAUAUACGGCACCCUUUUCUUCCUUAUGCAUUAUACCUCAACGAUUAUUCGGAGUACCUGCGUCACACGCUUUAAGUGUCAUAAAUGGUAAUAUUGUAGCACUAUGUGGUAUAGAUUUAACAGAGGAGUCUUCGCAGGAGUCCGAUAACAUCUCUAGUCUCCGAGUACUGACGCAAAGAUCUCCUUUAUGUACAUGCUACGGAUUCGGAAUAAUUCGAGGUGUCGACAUGGAACGACAGGAAGUGUACAUAAACACUCCGUUGUCGAUAUCGAUCAUGCAGCAUGUAAACUGCUUGGCAGGUUGUAUGCCAGUUCCUCCGCCAUUGUUGCAAUUGAAUCAAGGUGCUCCUUAUGUUGGUGGAGACGCAGCGCUACCGACAAGUCGCGAGCCUCGUAGAGGAUACUUCCGCAUGAGAUAUCAAAAUAAAUCUAAUAAAUCAUAAUAAAUCAGGUAAACGUAUAUUUUGAUAUACACCUUGGUACAUUUUUUUAUAAACGGUUGUUAAUUUCUUGUUAAAUAAAACAAGAAUAUCUGAACAAAUGUACUACACUAGCAGAUGUAAUAUGUUACAGGACAUUGUAAUAAUUACAUUUUUUGUUUCAAAUUAAAGAUCACUACUAUAUAUAUAAUA